CACCUUUUCUAUGCUUUUUCUAUAACUAUAUAUAGAAUCUGUAUUUUACAUAUUAUAAUUCUAACAAUAUAAUGAACAGUUAAAUCCUUUAGUAUUAAUAUUUAAUAGUAUUAUUUUAUCUGCUAUUCGUUUUAGUCAUUGUUUUCUUUAAAAUACUUUCGUCUAUAUUAUUUUGUGUACCUUCUAAUGCAAACGAUCUAAAAGUACUUCAAAUAAAUCAAAAUGAAUUAUUUACCAAAAACUAUAUGCUCUAGUACAUCAUUGGUUUCAAGAAACUUAGCCUUAUAUUGUGUCAGUUCUUCAUGUAUUGAUCGAUCAAAAUGCCGCAAAUUUCAUUUUUCAUCACCCUCACGCACGCCUGGAGAUAUUAUAUGUCCUUCAUUAGUUCAGGGAAUUGAUUAUAUUCGUGACCCUCGAUUAAACAAAGGCCUUGCCUUCACUCUCGAAGAACGACAAGCACUUGGUAUACAUGGGUUGAUGCCACCAAAGUUUAAAACACAAGAAGAACAACUUGAAGUUUGUCGAUUCAGUGUCAUGAAGUAUCAAGAAGAUUUGAAUAAGUUCCUAUACUUGGCUGAAUUACAAGAUCGAAAUGAAAGGCUUUAUUUUAGGCUUUUAUCUGAAAAUAUUCAUAUGUUACUGCCAAUUGUUUAUACUCCAACUGUUGGGUUAGCAUGCCAAAAGUUUGGUUUGAUAUUCCGCCGUCCUAGAGGAUUAUUUAUUACCAUUAAUGACAAAGGACAUAUUUAUGACUUGCUAAAAAAUUGGCCAGAACCAAAUGUUCGUGCAAUAGUAGUUACUGACGGGGAACGUAUCCUUGGCCUAGGGGAUCUUGGAGCAUGUGGUAUGGGUAUACCAGUUGGUAAAUUAUCAUUAUAUACUGCUUUAGCAGGAAUCAAACCUCAUCAAUGUUUACCAAUAACACUGGACGUGGGAACCAAUAAUGAACAACUUUUAGAAGAUCCUUUGUAUAUUGGCCUUAGACAAAAGCGUAUUUCGGGACCUUUGUACGAUGAAUUUAUUAACGAAUUCAUGGAAGCUUUAGUUAAACGAUAUGGGCAAAAUGUAUUGAUACAGUUUGAAGAUUUUGGAAACCAUAAUGCAUUCCGAUUCUUGGAUAUGUUUCGUAACAAAUAUUGCACAUUCAAUGAUGAUAUUCAAGGUACAGCAUCUGUAGCAGUUGGAGGUCUUCUAACUUCACGUCGUUUGACUAAAAGGCGUAUUUCAGAAUCAACAUUUUUAUUUUUGGGAGCAGGAGAAGCAGCUAUUGGUAUUGCAAACUUAACUGUACGUGCUAUGUUAACUGAGGGGUGUUCAUUAGAAGAAGCUCGUAGUAAAAUAUGGAUGAUGGAUAUUGAUGGUCUUUUGGUAAAAAAUCGACCUGAAGGAAAUUUACAAGGAGAUAAAGCAUUUUAUGCUAAAGAUCACAAAGUUAUGAAAAGUCUCUUUGAGGUCGUCAAAGAAAUACAACCAAAUGUGUUGAUUGGUGCUGCUGCAGCAGCAGGAGCUUUCAAUAAAGAUGUUUUGGAGCAUGUUGCUUCUUAUUGUGAAAAACCCAUUAUUUUUGCUCUUAGUAAUCCAACAGCAAAAGCUGAGUGUACUGCUGAACAAGCAUACACUCACACUCAAGGCCGUUGUAUUUUUGCAAGUGGUUCACCAUUCUCGCCUGUUACUAUAAAUGGACGUACAAUUACACCUGGACAAGGAAACAAUGCUUAUAUAUUCCCUGGAGUAGCUCUUGGUGUUAUCAGUACCGGAAUACAUCAUAUUACUGAAGAUUUAUUUUUAAUUGCUUCCCAAGAAUUGGCUAAUUUUGUUACUGAAGAAGAUUUGGAAAAAGGCAGCAUUUAUCCUCCAUUAAAUUUGAUUAAAGAUUGUUCUUUACAAAUUGCAAUCAAAAUAGCAGAAUAUGCUUAUGAAAAAGGAAUCGCGUCCCAUUAUCCAGAGCCAAAGGAUAAAAAGAAGUUUAUUGAAUCACAGAUGUAUGAUUUUAACUAUGACAACCCACUCCCACCAAAAUACAGCUGGCCAGAAGAAACUGAACCUAUAAAAUCCAAAUCUAUUCAUGAUCUUACAGGAGAUCACCUAAAAAAACACUAAGGUUAUUAAUCAUAAAUUUAAAAGUAGUUAAAAACAUUUUAUCGAUUUCUAAUAUUUCUAAUUCAG